GAUGUAUAUCGUUAAAUUGACACAUUCAAUCAUUCAUUGGCUCGAUACAGUUAGCAUAAAAUGGAGCAUUGUGAACAAACGUCUGAAAUAAUGGACAUCGAAAAAAACGCAAAAUUGUCAAAAAUUAUCGAAGACAAUUCUGCAUCAAAUCAUUCCAACAGAAGUGAUGGAUGGAGUGAUGCUAUAACCGGAGGUCAUCACGAUGUUGUGAGCUUGCUGAGUGACAAUGAAGGCGAGGUCAUGAAUAGUAAUGGAAGCGCUGAUGACAAUGCAGAGUCGAUGGGUUAUGGCUUGAACAAUGAAGCCACAUGGACAUUAGUAGAACCAACAAUUGUUCAACGUGACAGCAAUGAUAGUGACAGUGGCAUCGUUAUGCCGGACAAUUCGGUCGUAAAUUUCAGAGAACAAUCCGCAGAGCGGACGCAAAACUCUCAAAAACAAGAAGCGUUCAACAUUAACUGCACCGAUUUACAGCCAAACUGUGAAUCGGUAACGUCAAAUAUUCUCAACUCACUCGCAUCGAAUGAAUUUCAACACGAUGCUGGUUCAGCGGACGACAAAACGACUCGGAAGAAAUGCAUCAAUUCCGAAUGUUCGUCGGAUAAGAAAAAGACCACAUUCUAUGACACCCCGAUUUGGUCGCUAAAUUACUUCAAUGUUCCACGCAACUACAGUCGGCGACAAUCUGUGUGUCAGCGAUGCUUUGACGUCUCGAUUAACGAUUACGAGCGCUUGGGUGCGGCGCUAGUGAAUCAACAGCCGUUAAUGCUGGAACGGUUGCCUAUUCGGCCGGAAGUGGUCGAAAUAAUUGACAGUGAAGAGGAGGACAAAGGUGGUGUAGGCGACACGGAAGCUUUGCCAUCGAAUACGUUGACCCUAUUGGAAGAGAAUGUGGAUGUGGUUCUGCAAGAAACCGUCAACCGUUUCGGCAUUGAACAACAGAUGCGAUGGGCGAAUCAGAUUUUGGAGCAUAGAGUGGACGUGAAUUCAGCUAUAAGCGACCGCAUUGACGAGGAAAUCCGAUCCAUGGAUCAGUUAAGGGAUUCAAUGUACAAGAAUCUGUACAGCCGCUCCAGAUAUGCCAUUGAAGAGUUGCCACCGUUCGAUUUGAACACAAACAAGCGGCUGCAUAUGUUCGGACCGAACUAUCCACCUUGUGGUAAAGUUGUCUAUCCGCCAGUCGACAAGAACUCAUUUUAUUAUGCGGUCCGCACCAAAUUGCUAUCGACUUGGAUGCCAUGCAAAGUUACUGAAUAUGGGGACGGUCCUGUUGACGGGAAGCCGAUGAUGUUCACUGUGCAAUUUUUACGAAGAAAUGACGACAAAACCGUACCCGGCAACCAUUUGGCAUAUGGCACAGCACCAGUUGUUCGGUUAAAUGUUGGCACCCGUGUGAUUGCAUUGACCAUGGAAAAGUCCGUCAACGUCAAGUGUUUGAAUUUUCAUCCGGGUAUAGUUGGUGAAACGCUACAAGAGUACAACCGAUGGCGAUAUAUGAUUUUCUUCGAUGACGGUUGUGUGCGCUAUGUGACGCCGGACAAUGUUCGGCUGAUCUGUUCUCCAUCGCCAAACGUUUGGGAGGACGUUAGUCACGAUGCGGUUGCCGCUGCAUUCAUCAAAUCGUAUCUGGAACAGUACAAAACCGAACGUCCAAUGGUCCAAGUGAAGCCAGGACAGAAAAUGUUAACACAGUGGCGGUCGGAAUGGAAAAGUGCUCGCGUUGCGAAUGUUGAUGCCAGUUUGGUUCACAUGCAUUUUGAAGAUGUCAAGCGUUGGGAAUGGAUUUAUCGUGGCUCGACGCGACUAGGUCCAUUGUUCAAGGACAAUCAUCAACGUCAAAGGCGAUUUGCCAUUGCGGCAAAGGGGAACGAGUCAUUUGUUGAGCUCGUGAGCAGUGACGAUGAUGAUGAAAGCAAAAAUUGUCGCGAGACGACAUCACCGACAGUAAAAUCGGAAGAUUCCUCCGUUCCGAACACCUUUACCAUUCCAUCGCAAGUGGAUCCAGAACGUAAGCAAGAAAAUCGUGCAAUCGCAAAGAAGGGCACUGGAACAAUGCCAUCGCAUCCCACCGUACAACACAUGAACAAGGCCACCAUUUAUAUCGACGAAGAUAGUCCAGCGAAAGGCAAAGUUGUUCAUUACACGGUGAAACAGCGCAUUCUGCCGAGAAAGUUUGUGUCGCAUAUUUGUGGUACGGCCUGUCUGUAUCCGGUGAAAUACAAUCUCAGCUCGUACAGUCCGCUAGUCAAGCCUCUGCUGUCCGGAUGGGACCGAAAAAGUGUUAUGAACACGAGAACGAGCCGACGAAUUGUGUAUCAGACGCCCUGCGGCAGAAUAAUGCGGAAUAUGCAGGAAUUGCAUAGAUACUUGCGAGACACCAAAUGUACAUCGCUGGACGUUGAUAACUUUGAUUUCGGCGGUAUGACGUCAUGCCUGGCAGAAUAUUUGGUGGACAACAGUUUCAUUCAGACAAAGGAUCUGUCAAAUGGAUGCGAAGCGAUGACUGUUUCGAGCGUCAAUUUCUAUGACAACACAACGCCGCCUCCGUGCGAAUAUUCUGCCCAACGGAUACCAACUGAUGGAGUUCCAUUGAAUCUCGACCCGGACUUUCUGUGCGGAUGUGACUGUGACGAUGACUGCUGGGACAAGACUAAAUGUCAAUGCUGGAAACUAACGCUUGAAGGCGCUAAACUCAUCAGUCCCUAUAUACCGAUCGAUCGAAUGGGAUACAAAUACAAGCGAUUGCUGGACCCCAUACCAACGGGCGUCUACGAAUGCAAUGCGCAAUGCAAGUGCUCGAAAAUGUGUCUGAACCGUGUCGCUCAACAUCCGCUGCAACUGAAACUUCAAGUCUUCAAAACCAAGAGUCGCGGCUGGGGACUUCGAUGUUUAAACGAUGUGCCGGAGGGUAGUUUCGUUUGUGUGUACGCCGGUGACUUAUUGACGGACAAGAGUGCCAACAUUGCCGGCGGUGAGUAUGGCGAUGAAUAUUUCGCUGAGCUGGAUUUUAUCGAGGUCAUUGAAAGUCUGAAAGAGGGCUACGAACCGGAAGCGAUGGACGUGGACAGCGGUCGGAAUUCUGUUCACGUCAGCAGUGAAACGAGUAUCGAUGUAUCGAAGUCGUUGAAGGUGGAACCGGUAUUCAAUACUGACGAUGACGAGAUUCAAGUGUUGAACGAACCCAGCCUUGAUGAGAAUGCAAGCUCGGUUUGUCUGCUCCGAUCGAAUUCGACGCUAAGAUUUUAUGACAAAAACGAAAUGGUUUUCACCAUGGACGCCAAGAAGCAUGGAAACAUUGGGCGGUACAUAAACCAUUCCUGUGAUCCGAAUCUAUUCGUGCAGAAUGUGUUCGUGGACACGCACGAUCUCCGAUUUCCAUGGGUGGCAUUCUUUGCUAAGCGAUACAUUGCAGCCGGCACGGAAUUGACGUGGGACUACAACUAUGUGGUGGGCAGUGUUCCCGGCAAACGUUUGUUCUGUGAAUGUGGUGCUCAAAAUUGUCGGCGUCGCAUACUUUGAGUUUUAUGAAGUAGGUUGAUCAGAUUGAUGUAAAUGUAAACGAAUAAUUGGGUUUGUAUCGAAUA